UGGGACACUGUAGUUGACGAUACACGCYGUCCCGUGGCCGACCGCCAGCCGCCGAAGYAGACGACGACAAUCGUCACUUAUUUGCGCGAGUUCAUGACACGCGCACGUUGUUUACCGUCUGCAGCAAACGUUACGGUUAUCAAAAAAAAUUUUGUCCCGCGGACUGUGAUGAGACGAUGAAUUUUAGCAAGCCACGUGGACGCCGCGCGCCGCCGAUGUGGUGUAAAGCGUUCGUGACUGUCGGAUUGCUCUGCGAGUUGGCACUGUCGGCCUCGCCACCAGUGAUUGCGGAAGAUCCGGAGUUUACGGAACCCAUAACGAACGUGACAGUACCUGCAGGACGUAGUGUAAAGCUAGGAUGCUCCGUCAGAAAUCUGGGAUCAUACAAGGUAGCUUGGAUGCACUUUGAACAGUCCGCCAUAUUGACUGUGAAUAGCCACGUGAUCACUAGAAAUCCAAGAAUUACCGUGUCUCACGAUAAGCAUCGUACGUGGUUUUUGCACAUAAAUAAUGUACAGCAAGAAGAUCGAGGCCGUUACAUGUGUCAAAUAAAUACGAUCACUGCUAAAACUCAAAUAGGAUAUCUCAAUGUUGUCGUACCACCAUCGAUUUCUGACUCCUUGAGUAGUUCAGAUGCAAUAGUUCGAGAAGGAGCAAAUGUAUCGUUGACGUGUCAUGUGGAUGGUUACCCGAAACCAGAUAUCAAAUGGAAACGGGAUGACGGAGCACAAAUCAACAUCAACAAGACCUUAAACGGUACGGAUUUUUAUAACUGGCGAUGUACAGAUAUAAAUAUAAUAUAA